CAUCCUCUCACAUGGAGACGCUCGCUCUCGCACAUACUCGUGCUCGUUCGGUCGAAGGAUGCUCGCUUAAGGGUCGAAGCGGACAGAGCGUUGAAGUCAUUGAGCAGAAGGAUUGGGCCAGUUGGGGUUCCAGGUCACCAUUGUUUUGCUCGUGGAAAAUUGAAGUGUUGUAGGUUGAACAAGAAACAAUGUGACAGCGAGGAUGGUUCAUUAGACUUGUGUGAUGAUGAAAUAAAUAUAUCAGAUGAUGAAGAGAUCAAGACAAGGGAGAUGAGGAAAGAUUUUAGGGAAGCAACAAUUGAGGAGGUAGAUGAUGGUGGAGAAUUAGCUGAAGGUUCCAUCGAUAUAAGAAUGGAGGAGGAGGUUGGUGUUGUUCCACACGAAGGUGGGGAUGAUGAUGAAGAUGCAAUAUCGGAUGAUGAACCUCUAAGUGGUCCUGAUAUUGAUAACUUUGAAGAAAUUAGUGGCACGACUGGACGAAUGGUUAACAGGUAUGAUCCUAUGUGUGACCAUAACGAGAAUGUGUUUAGUCUAGGUAUGAGAUUUGAAUCUCAUGAACAGUUCAAGAUAGCUGUGCAAAAAUAUGCUGUAAUGAAUGGAUUUAACAUUUUUUGGCAAAUGAGUCAAAAGAAAAGAAUGGAAGCAAAGUGUGUAAGUGGCUGUGGCUGGAGGUUGUAUGGCAGUUGGGUUCAAGAUGAGAAAACUUUUGUAAUAAAGAGAGUUGGAAAUCCACAUAACUGCAAUAGAAGCCUUACAAAUAGGCAAGCCACUUCUACAUGGCUUGCUCGUGAGUACAUGCCUAAGAUUAGAGUUAGACUCACUUAUUCGGCUACCGAAAUGCAGACAGAUGCAAGAGAAAGAUUUGCCCUGACCCUUGAUAAAAAAAGAUGUUAUAGAGCCAUAUGGAAAGCUCUUAGUUAUAUAAGGGGGCCGAUAGGGAAGCAAUAUGAUAUGCUAAGAUCUUAUUUGGAGGAGCUUAAGAGAGUUAGCAAAAAUGGAAGAUUUGAGAUGGAGGUUAACCUAGGAACCAAAGUAUUUGAGAGGUUUUAGUGGGCUUUGAUGAAUUGAAAAGGGGGUUUUUAGUAGGAUGUAGGCGUGUGAUAGGCUUGGAUGGGUGCUUCCUUAAGAUUGGAUUGAAAGGUAUGUUGUUAUGUGCCGUUAGACGAGAUGGAAACAAUCAAAUGUUUCCAAUAGCUUGGGCAAUUGCGGAAGUUGAGUCCGAGGCAUCGUGGACUUGGUUUCUCGCUCGGUUAUUUAUUGACUUGAAUGUGGACACAGGUGAAGGUUGGACUUUUAUCAGUGAUCAACAAAAGGGACUAAUGAAUGCAGUUUCAUGGCUAUCUCCACAAGCAGAGCAUCGAAAUUGCGCAAGACAUAUAUAUGCUAAUUGGAAAAAAUUACACAAAGGGGAUGCUUUGAAGAAUCUCUUUUGGAGGGCUGUGAGGUGUACAUUUGAAGCUGAUUUUGACAUGGUAAUGGAAGAUUUGAAGAUGGAGUGUCCUAAAGGUUAUGAAGACUUCAUGAGACAAGGCCCUAAGCACUUCUGCAGGGCUUUCAUCAAGACAGGUACCAAGUGUGAUGCGGUUGAAAAUAAUUUAAGUGAGACCUUUAAUGGAUACAUUUGCAUACCGAGAGCAAAACCCAUUCUUGAGAUGCUUGAAGAAAUACGAGCUAUGUUGAUGGAGAGAAUGACAGAGAGAAGCCGGUUAAUGGUUGAUCAAAUGGAUCCAAUUUGUCCAAGGAUUAGAAUGAAGUUGGAGAAGACUAAACUGGAGUCCAGGUAUUGUUUUGCUAGAGCGUCUUUGGGAAAUAAAUUUGAGGUUGAAGGGGAUGGCAAUAGAUUUGUGGUUGACUUGGUUGGGAAGACUUGUGCUUGUAGGGAAUGGGAUAUUUCUGGUAUACCAUGUAGACAUGCCAUAUGUUGCAUUGCUUUCAUGAAAUUAGACAUCAAUUAUUAUGUUGAUGAUUGCUUUAAGAAAGAUGCUUAUGGAAAAUGUUAUCAAUUUCCCUUCCCGGUCAUGAAUGGGGAAAAAAUGUGGCCCAAAGUCAAUGGUGAGCCAAUCAAACCCCCACCUUACAGAAGGAAAAGGGGUAGAGAGAAGAAAAAUAGAAUCAAGGAUAAAGAUGAGCGAAGUAGUGAAGGUAAGAAAUUGACGAAAGUUGGAGUUCAAAUGCGAUGUUCAAAUUGCCUUCAAUAUGGACAUAACAAGAAGACAUGCAAGAAUCCUACAACAUCCAGACCACCCAAAGCAAGAAGAGGAAGACCAAAGAAAGCUGAUGGGGUUAGUGGUGCGCAAGCUAGUUCACAAGCCAAUGGACCAUCUAAUGGGGACUCCAUUAUCAUUAGGAAGGAGAGAGCACAGGCUAGUGCUUUAUCAGGCAAAAUUUUAUUUUCAUACCACGUGUAUAUUGUGUGUGAUUAAUGUUUUGUGCUCAUUUUGUUUCUUUAGGCAAGACAUGGAUAUGGACUUUUCAUAUCUGAAGCUACUGGGAAUUCCUAUUUAAGGGUAAUCUAUGUCUAACGUUUUAUAAGUGUAUCGAAAAGAAAAGCAAGUUCAUAUGUUUAUUUUUUUUUAUUGCAGAUGCCGGGUAGUAAUAGAGUUAUUGACAUUGGAGGUCCAUCCAUUUCCAAGGGACAAACAAGAGCAAGGAAUGUUAUUGAAGUUUCACUAGGCCAAUCUUCCACUGAUAUCUCAGAACCUCCAUACACUCAAGAAUCUGGAAUUGGUGGUUAACUGUGAAAUUGUGGACCAGAAAAUGCUUGUGCAGUGCCUCCUACUAGAUGUCGAGUUGUAGACAAAAAGUGCUAGUUUUUUUGUUGUUUGUAAGUAGAUUUGGCUAUGCAUUAUGUGUUUGGGAAUUUGGCGAUGUCAUUUUGUAUAUGUGAUGUUUUGGCUGUGCACUAUGUGCGCUGAUCUGGAAAGCUUGCCACUCUGCUUUUGACUAAAACCAUAUGCACAUGAUUUGAAAGCUUCCAUUA